GUCUCAAACCUUGGAGCUUUUGAUGGAGCUCCAGCUGCUGCAUGUCCCGAUAUCGGAUCAUGACGAGGUUCAUAUGGCGUUGUCAAUAUGGAACCUGUACAUCAUGUUGUCCUGCACGAUCUCUAGCUUUAGUGAUCGGACGCGUGAUGGAACGUUCAUUAGGAUUGUUUGGGACAAGACUCAAGAGUGAACAGCACGGUUCAUUGGCGGUGUUAGCUGCCUCAGGCACGAAUUCCAACCCGAUUAGACAAGGUGCAGAUGGGUUUACGCUGGCUCCUGUUCAUUGCACCUUGUAAACCAAGACAAAAGCAAAGAUGCGUGAGUAGAUAGUAUCAACAAAUACGUCAGCUGCGCACCUCGUAUUUCAACCUCGCCAAACGACUGAUGGCUGUCCACCGCACUAACGACGCAUAUCAAACGCCUUUCGUACUGAGGGCGCGUGUCGGCCCGGCAAACACGAGCCACGACGCCACCAUUUG